UUAACCCGAAUUCUCCAAACUGCUCUAUUUCUUUACACAAAUGACAUAUUUAACAAUUCAUCUGUGACUUAAUUAUAAGUCCUUAUCUUUAGGUGUUGUGUUAUGCCAGUGGACUUUUAACCUCUGUUCCUGCUUCCAACAGCGAUUCGAUUACAUUAGCUCGUUUCUUUAUGUAUGCGAGAUUAAUUUAUGUUUAACAGCCCAAACAAACAUGUUGCUGAGAUACACAGAAGGAAGAGGACUCGCGUUGCACUUGCGAGAGAACAGACGCAUGUCAAAGUGAAAGAGCUGCAUGGGCGGUGUGUGUGUGUGUGUGUGUGUGUGUGUGUGUGUCUCUCUCUCAGUGAGAGUGUUUUCACCAGCAGAUUUAAUCAGUGCGUGCACAGAGCAAGAGAGGAAGAGGUCUGUGUGCACUCAUGGAUUAAUCGACUGGAGUAAUCAAUAGGAUUUAAUACACCUCCAUGAAAUACUGCAAGGACUUCUACAUAACGAGAACAUGUGAACUUCACGCAGCUCUUGUGGUUGGCCUACCAACAAUCUCGCUUCGAUGAUUUUAAUGACCCUCUUCCUCGCCUUCAUCGUAGGAUUUUGGAAUAGGCCACCAAAACUAAAAACAAGGAGAACUGGAAGAUGUGUUUAUAACCCUUGGUGCUUUGAGAAUCACAUGGAAUGCCUUUUGAACUCAGAGGUUUGGAAUUCUAUCUUAAUUCUGAGCUGUCUAAGUGCUCUAUUGCCCGUGGCUGAAGGUCAUGCAAUGCAGGCACUGAAAGACCUCCAGAAAGCACUAAACGAUACGGAACAUUUAUUCCAUAGUUCUGAUGCACGCUUGUACACACCAAAUAUUGGGAAUAUCCAAAAUUGCACAUACAAGUUUAUCGACUGUUUUCUGAUGGAGAUGAGCGUUCUGUUGCAUGAAAAAGAUGAAAAAGACGAAAAACUAAAAAAGUACAUGAUACAGACAAAUUUAGACUUAUUUAAAGAUAAGUCAAAAGUAAAAUUGUACAAGACAACAAUAUUACUGUGAACUACAGGAACUCGACAAUUCGAAGAAUUUCUUUAAGACGAUGAUGACAUUUCUCCAGUUACAGAUGUCACUUUGCCAAGGAACAAAUGUAGAAGUAGUAUGUGAUUAGAAUCCUACUUUAUCUCACUGAUUGCAUGUACAAUAAGCUCAUUUAUCUAUUAUCAUUUUAAAUUAUGCUAGUGUCUUUUUUGUAUUACUAUUUAUAUCACUUCACUCUGAAAGUGUCACUUUGUUAAUACUGUAAGAAUAUAUUUUGUAACAAAGGGGUUUUGUGAAUGAUUGUUUAACUGUGAAUGUCUCAAAGUACAGAAUUUUAAGGUGAAAUAUAAAAAAAUGUUUCAUGUAAUAUAACUUCUAUAUAUUGUUUUAUAUUCCAUGUAUUGCAACAUUAAAGCAUGUUUUAUUAACAGAAA